AUGACGAGUGACUGGUCUCAGCUGAGGCAGAUCCGACGAUGGCCGGGCCAGAACAGCAGUCUCGAAAAAGUGCCUACCGAGCUCAUCUACAACGGCAAUACUGUCCAGCUAUGGGGCGCCGAGUGCAAGACCCUGGCCACGCAGGACGAAAGGAUCCGGACGAAAAGACUGUUCAAGAACGCCAUGUCCGCUCGCGAUGUCGGCGCUGCUUCCCAUGGCCACGAAGUUGAGAAUGCUCGACGAUACUUCAAGGAUUUUCUCACCCACGUGCAUGCUCAUAUCGAGGCCUCGCUUGCCAAGCAGAUCAAUGACUUCAAAAGACUCCGAAUCGAGUAUGUCUUUAGCGUGCCAACAACGUGGAAUCGUGACGCCGAUACGUUGAACGAGGUCAAGCAAACCAUCCGGGGAGUGGUUGGGAAAACACAGUACCGGAGAGGUAUCAUUGGCAUGAGUGAAGCUGCGGCGUCUGCAGUAGAGACAGGACAGGACAGAUUCAAGAAAGGGGACGUUGUACUGGUCUGCGAUACUGGCGGAGGUACCGCUGAUGUCAACAUCUUCAAAUUCGUGUCCUCGGAAAAAGAGGCUGCACGCAUAAAGCCCCUAACGUAUGACGAAGGUGCCCCUGCUGGAGCAGCAAGUAUCGACCAGGCCGCUCUUGACUAUAUCAUAUCGAAGAUGAGAAGUAUCGAGAAGCUAGACAAGGACAGUGCCAUCUGGGCCCUGGAGGCGGUCCAAGCAGGCUUUUCCAACAUCAAGCAUGACUACGGCAGGUCGAAACGAGAGGGAUACUACCUCUUGCCUGUACCGGGUAUGAGUGGCUCUCAGCCUCCCUCAGAGGACUUUGAGCUCGGAGGGAAAGGCUCGCAGGAGAUUUGUUUCAAAAUACACCCAAAACUGCUCGAAGAGUGGUUCAACUCUGCUGUCAACGACAUUCUAGCUAUAAUCGACAGUCAACUAGAGGCAUUGGCUCGGGAACACAAGGGGGAGAAAAUCGUUUAA